AUGGGUGAUUUAUUUUCUACUCCUGCACCCCGUCAUCCGGGACCCCGUGUUCCUGCACCCUCUGUUCCUGCAGGCCCUGACCUGAGAAUUGUGCUAAUUGGAAAAACUGGAGUAGGAAAAAGUGCUGUAGGAAACACCAUUCUGGGGUACAACUCAUUUCAAUCUUGUGUCAGUGCUACCUCUGUGACUGGCACUUGUGAAAAGGCUGAAAUUAAAGAAAAUAGAAUGAUACAGGUGGUGGAUACACCAGGGAUUCUAGAUACAGAGAGAACUUCUGAGAAUAUAAAAAAUGAGAUUGUCAAAUGUAUUCAGGUCUCCUCCCCUGGUCCUCAUGUCUUCCUGCUGGUGAUCGCAGUGGGCAGAUUCACUAAAGAAGAACAGAAUUCUGUGGCGGCCCUGGAAAGACUUUUUGGAGAAGAGGCUUUGAAAUAUAUGAUUGUAUUGUUUACUCGUGGUGAUGACCUUAAUGAUCGAUCAAUACAAGACUAUGUACGUAAUGGUCAUGUCAAGCUCAGAGAAGUGAUUCAACGUUGUGGCAGCAGAUUCCAUGUUUUCAACAAAAAAGAAAAGGACAGAAGACAAGUUGUUGAUCUGAUCAAGAAGGUUGAUGACAUGUUGGCAGCAAAUGGAGGAGGACACUACACUGAUGAAAUGUAUCAGGAGGCAGAGAGCAAGAUUCAACAGCAAAACGUCCCAAGGGAACAGGCAGAGUUAAAAACAUACGACUUCUCAUUCCAACCUGAGCUCCUGCAAAGAGUAGUUGAGUUUCAAGACAUACUUAACAAUGGGAAUGAUGAUCGAAACAUAACUGUGCCUACAACUUCUCCAUGA